CUACUUCGAACUGAUCAGAAGCUUUAAUUGUUCGGCGCAUUGACCUACGCCAUGGAACGUUUAGGGCAGGGCUGGAGGGCUCCAUGUUGACAUAGCAAAGCUUUGAGCCUUUGCGUACCACAGAUCCACAGUAUUUGUAUUAACAUAGCUCGAUGCGUGCUACGGAAAAAGAAUUGCUUUGCAUUAUGAACUCUCGGGCCACUAUGGGGCGUCACAAAGCUGCUUUGUUGCUCCCCGUCCUCUUGGCAGUUGCGAUGUUGCCGCUCGGUUCCGCGGUGUUUACGGAGGAGGAGAUACUGUCUUUCACAAUGACGGAUGCAAGCCUGGAGGGGCAUAGCAGAAGCCUGCUACAGGCCACCACCACCGCUACCACCGGCAGCAGCAGCACCUCCGCAGCCUCCGCCCUGCCCCAGCUGCCCAGCACCCCCGAGGAGCACUGCCCCCUGGCGCGAGGCACCUGGUGCGGGCCCUACUACCAGCAGACGCCCACCCCGCGCCCGCCCCCCAAGCGCGGCAACAAGUCCUGUCCCAACAACUGCAGCGGUGUGGGGCAGUGCCACUACGACCACGGCAUCUGCUACUGCCCCAUCGGGUUCGGCGGGCCGGACUGCAGCACCCCCCGCAAGCGGCCCUGCUGGCGCAUGGGUCCGGACAAGCGGGACGAGGGGUGGCACAACCACACGGACUGGUCGCACUCCAGAUGCGCGGGCAUCUGCGAUGACUCCAACUCCAUGUGCUACUGCCCCCCCGAAACCAAGUACGGUCGCAAGGAGGCGCCACCCGGCUCCCCGCCCGGCACCCCGCCGGUGCAGGUGGGGCGGCCCAUGUACUGGUGCCAGCCAUCCACGGACAAGGACGGCACCCCGGUCAAGUGGGGUGCGGUCAAGUACGAGGACCUGUUCGGGCCCGGCGGCUGGUGCAAUGCGGAUGUGCCCAAGUUCCUGUGCCCCUGCAGGAUCGACGGCCGCAUCGGCGCGCUGUGCAACAUCCCGGUCGAGCAGUUCUGCCCCAACCAGUGCUCGGGGCGGGGCGAGUGCGACCAGGGCUUCUGCAGGUGCCAUGCGGGCUGGUACGGGUCCGACUGCAGCCGCAGGCGGGCGGGCGCCAGCAUGGAGGAGACGCUGCCCGACUACCUGGGUCCCAAGCCCUGGCUGGCAGCCGCCGUGACCCCCCCCGUGGCCGCCGAGGACCCGCCCCGCACCGCCCCGCAGCGCAAGCGCCCCUACGUCUACGUGUACGACGUGAAGCCCGAGUACAGCAGCGACAUCCUGCAGUACCGCAUUGAGCGGGUGAACUGCAAGUACAGGCAGUGGGAGCUGGGCAACAACAGCGUGUGGAUCACCUACAACGCCUACGCGGUGGAGCCGCUGCUGCAGGAGCUCUUCCUGACCUCGGAGCACCGCACAUUCGAUCCCGAGGAGGCGGACUACUUCUUCGUUCCCAUCAUGUGGGCCUGCCUGUUCGACGUGUACGGCUGGAACCCCAUUCCGCGCUGGCCGGCGGACGUACACGGACCCCGGCCGUACGGCGCCUCCGUCAUGCAGCUCCGAACCGCCCAGUGGCUGAACGCCACCUUCCCCUGGUUCUCCCGGCGGGGCGGCCGCGACCACAUCUGGCUUACCGCCACAGAUGAGGGCGCAUGCAGCGUGUUCAAGGACGUGUGGCCGGGCAUCUUCCUGACGCACUGGGGCCGCACGGAUUUCCCGCACCUGCCCAACAGCCAGUAUCAUGCGGACUACUACGCGGCGCCCAUCAAGCAUGUGGAGCAUGACGGGGAGUGGCUGGACCAGACCUCUCGGGCGCACCCCUGCUUCGAUCCCAAAAAGGACCUGGUUAUCCCCGCCUUCAAGCGCCCCGAGCACUACAAGCGCUCCCCCUACAUGGGCGCCCCGCAGUACGAGCGAUCCAUCUUCCUCUUCUUCCGGGGAGACCUGCGGAUAGCGCCGGGGCAAGACCCGGAGUGCAAGUACAGCAGGUGCAUCCGCCAGACGCUGUACAACAUGUCUCGUGAGGGCAACUGGCGUGAGAAGUACAACGUGUGGUUCGGCGACACGCGCAACGUGCCCGGGGACUACAGCGAGCUGCUGGCCAAGUCGGUUUUCUGCCUGGUGCUGCCGGGUGACGGUUGGUCUCCUCGGCUGGAGGAUGCGGUGCUGCACGGUUGCAUCCCCGUCAUCAUCAUGGACGAUGUGCAGGUGGUGUUCGAAUCCAUCCUGGACGUCACCGCCUUCUCCAUCCGCAUCGCGCAGAAGGACCUGGCCAAGGUGGUGGACAUUGUACAGGCUGUUCCUGAGGGUCAGAUCCGGAUCAUGCAGAACAACCUGGCCAAAGUGUGGUACAGGUUCCGCUACCUGGGUCUCAAGAUGGCUGACGCGGACGCCGCUGCGGUGGUGUCUGAGCACCGGGCAACCAACGGCGGCCUGUUGCGCCCCAACCCCGGGGCGCAGUACGCGGCUAGCCGGGUGGAUGACGCGUUCAGUACCCUCAUGCAGUGGCUCUACGCGCGCAUCCCGGACAUACAGGGCAAGUUGUGAGGCCCUCAGGUGUGUCUUGGGUGCACGCGUGCGAGGGUGCGUGCGUGAGUGCGUGCGAGGGUGCGUGCGAGGGUGCGUGCAUGCGUGCGUGCGGCGUGCAUGGGGGUUGCAUAGGGGGGAGGAGAAGGCUGGCUGUUGUGGAGGAGUAGAGGAGGAGGGAAAUGAUAGGUCGGUAUGUCGGUAAGAGGUGGGAUAUAUGUGCGUGCCAGGAGGCGGGCGGGGGCACAGGAGCCAGGAGGCAAGGAAAGGAACUGACGAGCUGUAUGCCGAGGCGUUACCAUGAACAAGUUCGGAGGCGGGCGGGCGGGGCGACGUUAGGCGUGCGGAGCAAACCUGUGUGCGCACGUAACGAAUCGUGGGUGGCAUGUGUGGGUAUAUUUGGAAUGGUUGGGAGGUUGGGAGGAAAUCCGGUCAGCUCUCGAAGCACAGUGCUCAUGCACGCCUGAUCAGUAGCAGGCAGAACAGUGCCGAUGGAUGUGUACCGGUAGAUGUAGGCGUUAGCAGGAGCGCUGCCGUACACUCCUUGUUUAUAUGUACGGAUGCCGCUCAAGUGGACUUGACGGUAUUUGUGCGCGCUCGAAGCAAUUGCAGUGUUCAGGGCCUUUAGCGAGGUGUGAUAGGUGGCGAUUAAAGCGGGGGGUGUUGUCGCGGAUUUCAACACAGGUGAAACA